AUGGCCUCUCCAGCAGCCUCCCCCGCCGCCACUGCCGCCGCGCCGCAGACUUGGGCUUCCGCCGCUGUGGCUUUCGGCACCACUCAACGCAUCUUGAAGGUGCGCCCCUAUUGGCUUGACAAGAUUCUGAUGGGAGCAAAGCACUUGGAAAUUCGAGGGUCUCCGUGCCCGCAUGUCGGCUGGGUAUCCCUGGCCACCACCGGAUCGCAGCAAGUGAUGUGUCGAGUUCGCUUCGGACCUAGCCGCGCGUUGACUGCCGUGGAAGAAGAUGACAAUCGAGAGGCGCUCGCCGCCACGGGCUACGCGCGGCCGUGGGCCUGGCCCAUCGAGGAGAUGCAGCUCUUGCCACAGCCCGUGCAAGUUCCUCCGGCCGUGGCUCGUGGGUGCGUUCAGUGGAUCACCCGGGCGCGCUGGGAAGCCUUCGACUCCGAAGCGGCGUCCAGAGCGCCUAAUGCGGGGGCGCGGUGGCUCACACCCCCGAGCCUGGAUGCCGCGGAGUCACGGCCCGGUCGGGGCGCGGUCGAAGCCCGUUCCGGCGAAGGGGCCGUGCGCCGCCGGCUGCGUGGCAAACAGCCGGAUGCACUUGGGGCUUAUCCUGCCCAGCCCGGACUCCGGCGGAAGCGGUCGCCGAGUCGGAAAGCCCUCGUCGGCAAGAGACCCGCAGGCUUCGGGACCGUGGCAUGCUCCUUCAACACCAAGCGUGCGGGAGAAAGGGCUCAUGCGAGCAGGGGGUCGACGCACUGCGCCCUAUGCUCCCAAGCAAGCCUUUCCGCGGCCCUCGAGCGCCGCGGCGGCCGGGCGGCAAUGGUGCGAGUCUUGAAGGCGCUGCGCGCCCAUGCGGAGGCAAGGCCUGAGAUUUGGACUUUGGCUCUGGCGCGGGUCUCGCUGUGGGCGCCCCACGCGCGCGAGGAGCUGGAGGCCGCAGCCGCCAAGCCCAAGCGCUCGAGGCCGGAACCUGCCCAGCCCGGCGCCCGGAAGCGCGGCCGCGCGGGGUCGACCGAUUGCUGGGGUGCCUGCGCUGCAAAGCGCCAAGCCGCUGUGGCGGCGCCGAGCUCGGCGGCCAAGAAGGCCUACAGGGCCACGGUCUUGGCGGACCAACGCCGCGGGAAAAAGCGCUUCUUUCCCAGCGCCCCGCGCCGAGAGAAGGCUCCGCCGGCGGAGCUGGACGCCGUCGUCGACAACCAGGACGACCUGCCGCCUGCCCACAUUUCCACUUCGGCGGCGGCCUUGGAGAACUGGUGCCGCCAAGGCUCUUGGGGCAUGUGCCCUACGUGCGCCAUCUUACAGCCGCGCCCGCUCCGGCCGGACGAUCUGACCAAGACGGCGCUUCCAGAAGUUGCCCCGAGCGCCUGUCGGCGCUGCCGGGCGUCGCAGCCGCACCUGGCGCCGCAGCGGCAAGAUGCGCCGCCGCCCCUGCAGAACCUGACUGUCUCCAUCGUUGCUGCGCUGCGGCCCCUGGAUGUGGACGUGGGGCCCGAGGUUCGGGCGGAGGCCGGCUACAGGAAGAAAGUCCGCAUGAUCACCUUUUCGUGGGCGCUGCAGAGCGUUCCAGACAAAGUGCGGGCGUUGCCCCGGGCCGAGCGCCGGGCAGCCAAGGCCGCCCUGCAUUACUUGCUCGAGGCUGAGGAGAACGAGUACAAGGACUACUACCGGCGCCAGCGAGACUUUCUUCGCCGGCACACUGCGCCGACGGCCGUGGAAGCCAAGCGCCCCCUGCACUUCAUUGAAGAAGUGGGCCUAGAGAACGCCCUGUGGCCCCAUCUCUAUUGGAAGACUACCAUGUGUGAGUCUUAUGAGCGCCUCACCCACAAGCGGCUCCAGCAUUGGCUCGGGGAUGCGGCCCCCCGGCAGCAGUGCGGCAGCAGUGACGAGGACCCAGACGCCCACGGAGACGAUCCGGGCGAAGGAGGUCAGCUGCCUGCUGAACGGCGCCACAGCGUGAAGAGAAGCUUCCAAACCAAGCUGCUGGGACCUUGGUUGGGGUACGGCGCAGACUUCGAGCUCCUGCAGUAUGUCUACGAUCUCCACCUCUGGACAGAUUUGGGGAGCAAAAAGGGGCGCGCCGCUGGAGACAUCUCCAUGCGCAUCAUGAUGAGCGGACACCCCAUGUCGCCUCUAUAUUGGGCAGACAUCAAGCACGGGCUCUUCGACUUGGUCCGACAGAUAGGCUACCCGGACGUCUACUGGACGCUGGCGCCCUAUGAGUUCAGCUACCCGUACAACCAAUACCUGCUCGACGAGAUGCAGAAGUUGUUGCGCGGCCGCCUGCACCUCCCGGCCUUCGAGGCCAUGCACUUGGCGCGCACCAUGACGCAGAUCUGCCGCGGCUACAUUGCCGGACACUCGAACACCACCAAAGGAAAAGGAUGGACGCAGCACUUGUUGCGCUGCAAGACGGAGCCUGGGGACCGCUCCAUGGGCUGCAUCAACUUCUUUACCCGGAUCGAGUUCCAGGAUGGGUCCAAAAAGCCCGGGACGCAGCGGUACCACGGCAGCGGCCGCCCACACGUGCAUGCGCUGUUCUGGGUGAGAGACCUCGCGCAGCUAGACUUUGCCGGAGUGGCGGCCGCCACCCUCGACUUGUCCGGGGACCAGGAAGCCUUGAUCCCGUAUGUCCGCGGCUCGCAGUUGGAUCAGCACGGGGAGAGCCGGUGGCCGGUGCACGAGGGUCCCUCGGACUUUGAUGCGGCGUCUGGCGCGCUGCGGCUGCGGCACACCAAGGACGACGCGGCAGAGGGCGUGCGCGGCUACUUCCCUGAUGUGAUGAGUGCGCUGAAGUGCCACCAAGAUUUGCAGGUCUCACAAGGCCGCGGGCUGCUGCUGACCUACGUUGCCAAAUACGUGGCUAAGUGGUCGGACUCCUCCUACGACGAAUGGAUGUCGGAUGCUACGAGCGCGACCAGCCUCUGCCGCAAGGUUCUCUUCGAGUACCACCCGCUGGAGCCGGAGAUGGUGCUGCAGCUGACAGGGGCCACGUUUCGCCAGUGGGAGUUUGGCUCAGCCAUGGGCGGCCGCCGCUCUGUGCGUGCGCCGCGCCCGAGCAAUCCGGAGCAGCCGACGUGGGUGCGGGCUUACAUGGACAGCGGCUGGCGCCGCGAAGACAUGUCGCUGCUGGAAUUCCUGCGCAAGACCGGUGGCGAGGACGGCGGCGCGAUUGCGGGCUGGCUGCGGCAGAAGCAUCGUGCCCACGUCAGCGCUGCGGCCGCUGCCGGCGCGCCGGCGGACUCCUUGGAAGACUUUGCCAACAAGUACCCCAUGCGCGGGGAGCAGCUGGUGGCAGUGGAGUUCCUAUAUCGGCUCAAUGACAUGUACUACGGCCAGUGGUGCGUCAUGCACUUGCCCUUCAGAAGCAUGGCUUUCUUCGACGUGCCGGCCGUCCGUGAUCGGGUGCCCGAGCGGUACCGCUGGUUUGCCACGGCCCUCUUGCUCACUGACGACUGCCGUCUGGUGCCUGCACAGCUGCAUCGCUUCUGGCGAGAUUUCGAGAGGGCCGAAGCCGAGAUGCACAUGGAGGGAGACUCCGACUCCUUUGUGCAGGACGUGAAGGAGUUCCUGGCCGGGCAAACCCUGGCCAUCGACAGAUACCUGUCCGGCCAGCUAGACUGUCAGGAAGAACCAGCAGGGGCCGCGCCGCGAGGACCAGCUCCGGCGCCUGCCGCCAUGUGCUUCGAAGGGAAGCAGGCCAUGCUGCGCAAGGCCGUAGGGAGACGAGUCGCCCUGGCAGUCGCCGCGCGGAGCGCGAACACGGAGCAGGAAGAAGAGCGGCUACGAGAAGAAGCUCGCGGCUCGGCGCAUCGCCCGGUCGUGUGCUCGGGACGCCCUGGCACGGGCAAGACUACGAUGGUCCACCGAAACGUGCGGGAGGCGCUCGCUGCUGGCGGCGCCGUGUGCGUGGCGCUACCUACUGCCCGCCUAGCGACCCGCAUGGCGGACAAGCUUGGGGCGCACGCAGGCUUGCUGGUGGACACCUUCGCCGCCGCCUUUCAGCUCCACAAGCCUGAGCAGGAAGCCCUCUAUGCCAUGCACGGCUACGACCUGGUGGUCGUGGACGAGUUCUCCCAGUUGAGCGCCGCGGAUCUGGAGCGCUUGCUGCGAAUCUGGCGCGCGGCGGACUGCCUCCCGGCGCUGGUCUUCCUGGGGGACAAGUACCAACUGCCGGGCGUAGAUCCCAUCCGGCCUUGGGAGAGCGCAGCCUGGUCGGUCAAGAACCUGUCGUUCGUGGAGCUCCAUCAAAUUUUCCGCUGCGAUGACCCGACCUUCCUGGAGACGCUGCAGCUGCUGCGGACGGCCAUGCCGACGAAACUUCAGCUCAACAACAUCUGCAGAGGGCGCAAGGCCUGGCAGGGCGACGCGCCGGAUGUCGCGGACAUCGGCCGUUUGUUGGCGCAACACCCCGAUGCCACCUUCGUGGCGGCCACGAAGACGGGCGUGGCCACCAUCAACGCCCUGGCUGUGGAAGCAUUGCACCCAAGGGCCCAGCCACUCGCCACCAUCCCUGGGGCCUUCGAGGACAACCCGACCAACUACGUCAGCGGCAAGCUCCGCGACGACCGUGCUCCGGUCCCGGCAGAUGUACCCGUGCACCGCGGCCUGCAGCUCUACCUCACGCGCAACGUGCGGAAGGCCGACGACUACAUCAACGGCAUGCGGUGCCACGUCCUCUCCUUCGACGAGGCCCGGCAAAUCCUCUGGGUGCGAACUGAGACCGGGAAACGCCUGCCGGUGACGCGCUGGCACGACCCUGACCACGCUCGCCUGGUCUAUUUUCCGGUUCGCCUGGGGUACUGCGCCACCGUGCGCAAGGUGCAAGGCGACGAAUUCGAUUUUAUCAUCGUGUAUUUGGACACGGCUAACAUGCCGGCGGUCGGCUAUACCGCCUUGAGCCGGGUGCGAAACAGCGCCUCGUACCUGCUCGGCGGACGUCUCACCCCGCAGCACUUCACGCCACACGCAUAUAUGGACGCAGCGGUCGAGCUGCGCCACGUUGCCGCUUACGCGGCCCUGGUCGGGGCCAUCCGCGCUGACGUCGAAGCAGCGGUCAGCAUGGUCCGCUUCGUCGAGCUGCGGCUGCAGGGGGUGCCGCCUGCUCUCGCGCCCGGCGUCCUGACGUCGUUCCGUCGUGAUCUCCAUUUGGUGACCCGCGACCUGGACCAUCUGCUCGCAUACGUCCUGGAGCUCGAGCAUCAGGUGGACACCAUGCUGGAAACCUGGCUUCGCACCCGCGCGCACCUCUUCGAACCAUCGCUGUCGUGCUUUGCGCUUACCCUCUUCGACCCACGCAUGGCGACCUUGUCGGGGCAGCCCACUGCAAUCCACUGGGACAUCUUUCGCUGGCUGCCGCCCUGCGGCGCCGUGGCCCUGUGCCUGACGUGCCCAGACCUCGCGCUGCUGCUGCCGGCGCUGCAGACGUGGAUCGACGACCAGCUUGAAGAGGCGCAGCGACAUUUGGAACUGUUGGCUACAGGCGGCUUCCGGGUGCCGAUGUUCCGCCGCGCCGGCGUAGGGUACGUGGGCUUCGACUUUCAUGGCCCGCCCUUCGGCGUCGUGGACUUCCUCCUGCGCUGUGGCCUCACGCUGCAGCGCCCGGGCCGCCUCGCGCAGUUUCUCCGCGGCGCCGGCUUGCCGCACCGCGCGUGGUUCGCCCCGGUGAACCUGCAGCCGACCGAGACAUCCCGCGCCUGGACCGACGCCGUCGCCUGGUUGGCGGCGCACGUGCGGGCGCAGAUGUGGCUACCCAACGAGGUGGCGCCCACGCGCCCGGCCGGCGUGCGACCGUGGCUUGGGACGUGGCCGCGGCCGGGCCGACGCUGCGCGUGGUACAUUGUCUACCACGCCGUCCUCGCCAUUCAGCUCGCCCACGAAUGGCUCGACGUACCCACGUUGGGACGGCUGGCCCGAGCAGCCGCGGCGUUCCCCGCGCCGGACGCCGCAGCCUUGGCGCAGCAGCACCUGCUCUUCGCCGACUACCGCGUCGCGUCUCUGCCCGGCGGGUUGGGUGUGCCGACACACGGCUCCGCCGCGUUGGCCUUUGCCGUCGCUGCGCGCGCUCUGUGGGAGCGUGUCCGUUGGGCGCUACAGACAACACGGGGCGCUUUCAUUGCCUGCCCCGGCAUGGCGGACAGCGCCGUGGCGACGGCGGACGUGCUCGGUCUGGGCAUGUCCACCUUGACCGAUCGCACGGCGCGCUUCGCUGCCGGCAUUCCCGACGAUGUCCCGGACGCAGACGCCUUGGACGACUGGCUCGCCGCGCGCGGCCUGGCGCCGGACGUCCUCGAAGCCUUCGCGGACCUCAACCCCCCCGGCACGAUCGACGCCUUGCUGGCGCUGGCCCGUGCCGGGGCGUGGCGCUACCGCCUCUUCUUUCCCGAAGCAGAAGACGAAGGCGCGGUGGCGCUGCUUCAAGUUGCGUCCCUGGGAUUCUAUUUUGUGAUCACCUUCGUCGAGCUCGCGCUCCUGGGUUUCAAGGAGAAAGGCGCAGGCAAAGGCAUGAGCGGGAAACGCUGCCGUUUAAGAGUGACGCAGGAUUACCGCAGGGAAGCCCGGCGCAUUGAGAUGGAUGCGUAUGAACACUUCGUGAGGUUUUCUCGAAGUUUGUUGGCUCACAGCUUUACCUUGUCGUGCUUCAUCUUGCCUCUUCGGCCCUAUCCCGCGCUAGCUGCUGUCAUGUCGUCCUGGGGCAAAGGUGCUUGGAGCGCUCGCAAGGGCAAAGGCAGCGGCGGGAAAGCGAAGGGCAAGGCCUUCGGCGAAAAGAAAGACUAUGUGAAAAAGGUUUCUUGGGAAAAUCGGCUUUCCAAGUGGUACCUUCGCCCUUACGUGGAUCAAGCUGGCAGCCCGUUCUCUGCCAAUGGCGUCCAAGAAUCCGAGCUGCUCUCCUCAUACCACCUACGCAACAUUCUGAGCGAGGACUCCUCGGAGUAUUGCGCGCGGCAGGGCAUUGCGCUCUCGGAAGGCGCUGCGAACUUCGAGGUUGGCGCUGGAGCGUUGCAGCACCACUUCGGCGAGGACGCCGGCGCCGGUUUGAAGAAAGUUGGCAUUCAGCCAUUACUCGAGCAGUUCCAGACUGCAAAUGGCAAGAAAUUCUUGGAAGCAUGCGCGUACUUGAACACUGCCAACACUGAAGUGGAACGCAACGAGGGAGCUACGGCCGCGGCCGUGAAACGCUUUGUUCGCUUCUUGACCCACGAGCCCGCAGAAAAAGAAGCGGCUUUCCGGAAGUUGCUGUCAUGGCAGCUGGCGUGCAUGCAGUUGGGCAGCAAGCGGCUUUACCGGAAGAUUGCAAGGCGUGGUGCGCGCGCCCGAGGAUCAGGAAGCCUUGGUAUGGUCUUUGGUGGCUGCCUUCAACACCAAAAACUCGAAGCUGGCGUGAAAAAGCGUGCUGCUGCAACCUACGAUUGGGACGAAGAGCCCACGGCGGCCGCAGCGUGGGGCAAGGGCGGUGCCGAGCUCUAUGGGGACGAUGCAGAAGACGACGCUUGGGAAGCGCAGCGGGCAAAAAAGACUUCCAAAGGAAAAGGCGGCAAGCUGACGAGCAAGCAGCCGGCAAAGAAGGCAGGGCCCUUGGCAUCGGAUGCGGAGGACGACUCAAAGGACAUCGAUCUAGCGUCCUCCCAAGAAGACGCGAAGGCGUCGGCGAGCUUGGACGUGACCGGCUGGCCUUUGGAGAAAGUCGACGCGCUCAAAGAAUUCCUAGCUGAGCUCGAGGGCAAAGUCGACAGCAGCAAAGACCGCCCGAGCAUCCAACAAUUGCAAGCUGUUCUGCAAGAAGUCCCGGAAACCAUUUUGAACCACCAAGGCCUGCAGAAAACGGUGACCGAUUUCAUGCAAAAGACCCGCUACCCGAGAACCGAAAACCUCAAAGCUUUGCUGAAAGCCUUGAAGGACAUGGUUGCCAUCGCGGAAGCCGAAUGGAAGAAGUGA